AUGAAGAAUCAUACAGAAGUGGAAGAAUUCAUCUUCUUGGGCCUGAACAAUGAUUUGGAGCUUCAGUAUAUAUUCUUUGCCAUUUUCCUCCUACUCUAUAUGGCCACAUUAGUAGGGAAUGGGGCUAUUGUGAUUGUAGUUUUAGCUGAACCUCGCCUUCACAGCCCCAUGUAUUUUUUUCUUGGAAAUCUCUCCUGCCUUGAUAUUUUUCACUCCACAAUAACUAUUCCAAAGAUGUUGUCUGGAUUUCUAACAGAACCACAAACAAUUUCCUUCAAUGGCUGCAUGGUUCAGCUAUUCUUCUUAUAUUUCUUGGGUAGUAGUGAAGGAAUUCUCCUUGGAAUCAUGGCCUAUGACCGCUAUGUUGCAAUAUGCAACCCACUGCGUUAUACUGUUACCAUGAGAAAAGAGUGUUGUGUUUUAAUGGCAACUGCCACUUUAUUGACUGGUUUUUUCCAUGCAUUGAUGCAUGCAGUGGCAAUGGCUCAUCUUCCCUUCUGUGGGCCAAAUCUAAUUGAACAUUUUGUUUGUGACAUCAAGCCAUUGUUGAAACUGGCUUGUGGAAGCACACGCCUCAACCUCAUGCUCCUUAGUAUUGUAACCAGCUGUGUUGUUAUGGGCCCCUUUAUCUUUAUACUCCUCUCCUAUCUCUACAUUAUCACUUUCCUUCUCUGUAAAGUACAUUCCCAGCAUAGUUUGCAAAAAGCCUUCUUUACCUGUGGAUCCCACCUAACUGUGGUGGCUUUACUCUACAUUCCUGUAUUAUUCAAUUACAUGCUUCCCACUGUGGGUACCUCCUCUCAACGAGACAUGGUAAUAACACUCAUAUAUAGUGCAGUUACUCCAGUUUUGAACCCACUUAUAUAUACCCUGAGAAACCAGGAGGUUAAAGUUGGGAUGAAAAAGUUUUUUGGCAAAAAGUCUUACACAUUUUGGUGA